AUGUAAUAAACUAAUGAUGACUAGAUUCCAUUGAAUAUACCAAAUGAGUAGUAUUAAUUACCUGAAUAACUUGAUGAAUUUGGCUAGCCAGUAAUGUUCAAAUGCAGUUCUUGCGGAGUUUAGGCAGUUUCUAUAUUACAGCAUAAGCCAGGAACUCACACUUGGUUAUGCUGUGUCACUCUGUGCAUUUUUGGAGCAUUUUUAGCUUUCUUGCCAUUUUAUUUGAAAGAUUGCCAAGAUGUUACACAUGUCUGUCCGGCUUGCAGUCAACCUAAAGGAGUUAAACAAUUUAAGGCAUGUUGAUGAAAUAAGACAUAUUAUUUUACAAAAUCAUAUAUAUUAAAUUUUAAAA